AUGGCUUGUUUUCCAUGCUCAACAGAUCCUGAUGUAACUAAAUGGUGCCCUCUCACAACACCUGAAUGGCGUGAUUCUUUCACUCCUGAACAGAAGGCACUGGGUGGUGACUAUGUCCACUCGAUGGAGCAAGGUGUCAGUGUUCAAGAUUCAGAAAAUUCAGAAAUUGAUUCAAAUGCCAUGUCCAGGGCUGUGGCAUUGACAUCCACCACCGGAAACUCACAGUCUAGUCUGGGAUGCAUUGACAAUACAGAACUUGAACAAGGGUUCAUUGGGACAAAUGAGAUUAACAAUAGUUUUGACUUGAACCAGGUGUUGGUAGACAACCCAUCUUUCUUAGACCAGAUUUCGAUGGAUAGAUGGUCAAACUUGCCUCAGAUGGGAGAGGAGAUCAUACCACCACAACCACAGUUUUUCACGUUGGAAGAUGGUACCAUACAGUGA